AGGUUUUUGGUCGCUGUGGACUGUUUACAUAAUCGAGCUCAGCCAGAAUUUUUAAAGACAGCUCCAGGGUAUCAAGGUAUUGCACAUUGCUCCUAGCACCUAAAUGGACCUACCUGGAAUUAAAAAAAUACCGUACUGAGAUAAAGAACGAGUGCCGCGGUUAUCUUGGCUGUAUGCUGUUAAGUAAUUAUUUGUAGGACACAAAAUUGAAUUGUAAUUAAAAAAAAUAAAAUAAGUAUUAUUUGCUUUGAUUUUAGUUAGCUCUCUGGAUUAUAAAUCCAUGCACGCUUUUGUAAAGUGAAGUAAAAAGAGUUUUCUUGCAUAAAUCGAUCAUAAUUUAAGCGAUUCCUAAAACGCCGAAAAUAUAUCCGUAUAUAUUUCUGAUAUUAGAAGGUAUUUUUUGGACUCUUGAUUUUACAACCAAAAUGGGAAGUCAAAAUAAAAUUCUUAUAAAGGGGGGGAAAAUUGUCAAUGAGGAUUGUUCUCAAAUCAGUGACGUCUACAUUGAAGACGGUAUAAUUAAAGAAGUUGGUUUAAACCUGCAAGUAGCGGAUGGAGUAAAAGUGAUCGACGCUAAAGACAAACUUGUAAUACCGGGAGGAAUUGAUACCCACACUCAUAUGGAAUUUGUUUUUAUGGGCACCCAAGCAGUAGACGAUUUCUACAUUGGAACAAAGGCUGCUGUGGCUGGAGGCACUACAAUGAUCCUGGACUUUGUCAUUCCUCAGAAAGGGUCCUCUCUUUUGGAGGCCUAUGACAAGUGGAGGAGUUUAGCAGAUCCCAAAGUUUGUUGUGACUACUCCUUUCAUGUUGCCGUCACAUGGUGGAGUGAACAGGUUAAAAAGGAAAUGGAGACACUGGUCCAAGAAAAAGGCAUCAAUUCGUUCAAAAUGUUUAUGGCCUAUAAGGAUGUGUUCAUGCUGUCUGAUCAUGAACUUUAUGCUGCUUUUUCACAAUGUAAAGAGCUUGGAGCCAUUGCUCAGGUGCAUGCAGAAAAUGGAGAUCUGAUAGCAGAGGAGGCCAAGAAGAUGCUGGCACUGGGCAUCAGAGGCCCAGAAGGACACGAGCUGUGCCGCCCUGAGGAGGUGGAGGCUGAAGCCACACAACGGGCCAUUACCAUCGCACACUCGGUCAACUGCCCCCUGUAUGUGGUUCAUGUGAUGAGCAAGUCCGCUGCAAAAGUGGUUGCUAAUGCGCGCAGACAAGGAAGGAUCGUGUUUGGAGAGCCAAUCGCUGCAGGCCUGGGCACAGAUGGCACUCAUUACUGGAACAGGGACUGGGCUCAUGCAGCGGGCUUUGUUAUGGGCCCUCCACUGAGACCGGAUCCGACUACACCCGGAUACCUCAUGGACCUCCUCGCCAACGAUGACCUAAGUGUGACUGGCACAGACAACUGCACCUUCAAUAUCUGCCAGAAAGCACUGGGAAAAGAUGACUUCACCAAAAUCCCCAACGGAGUGAACGGGGUGGAAGACCGUAUGUCAGUUAUAUGGGAAAACGGCGUGCAUGCUGGUAAAAUGGAUGAAAACCGAUUUGUAGCUGUCACCAGCACCAAUGCAGCAAAGAUUUUUAACCUUUAUCCCAGAAAAGGCAGAAUUGCCAAAGGCUCUGAUGCUGAUGUGGUGGUGUGGGACCCAGCUGCUAAAAGGACGAUUUCUGCAAAAACCCAUCACCAUGCAGUGGAUUAUAACAUCUUUGAAGGCAUGGUGUGCCAUGGACUGCCAGUGGUGACAGUCUCCAGGGGGAAGGUGGUCUAUGAGCAUGGGGUCUUGCAGGCUGUCCGUGGAGAAGGGAAGUUCAUUCCUUGCAGGCCCUUCCCUGACUAUGUCUACAAACGUGUGAAACAGAGAGACCAGGUGGCACUGCCCAAGGCUGUAGAGAGAGACCCUUAUGAUGGGGAGGUUAUCUCAGUGACUUCACAGAAUAAGAGUCCCAGACAUGCAGGGAGAGACCUACACCAAGCCACAUUCACAUUUGCAGGUGAUGUGGCUGGAAGUAGCUCCAGUCCCCCACAAUCAUCAAAACGUGUGUUGGCACCCCCUGGUGGAAAGUCCAGCAUUGCUUUCUGAACAAUGAAGGUGUUGGAGGAGUGUCCCAAUACCAUCGACUAUCAAUACCUGCUUUCAUGAAUGUGAAUGUAUUAGAAUAGAGGUACCUAAUCCUGCUCCGGGCACCCCAUGUACCUGCUGGUUUUUCUCCCACAUGAGCUUCUAAUUAAAUAAUUAGUCCUUAGCAGAAAGCUAAGCUCUUUGAGACGCUGCUAUUAAAGACAAUAUCUUAAAUUUGCUUUAUUAUUACCUAAUAAUAGUACAGGUUUAAUCAAAAUUGUUGUUUUCAGUUUAUAAACACAUAUGAGACUAUUGCAUUUAACUACUGCAUUUCUGAAAUACCUCAGUAUCUCCAGCCCUUGAAUAGGAAAAAAAAACUUGCAAAGUUUCUAAACCAGCAAAGUUGUGAUUCAUUUAAGGAUUGGUUUAAGUAAAGAGCUCAGCUGUAAUAAAAACCAGGAGGUGGGAGUCCUCCUGAUCAAGAAAAGGAAGCCUUUCUUGGAACACUGACUACUCGUGUGAUUGAAACAAAAAUUGAUUUCUGUGCUAAUCAAGAGACUUUUGAUGAACCUCACAGACAAUAAUCAUUGAAACUUUUAAUGAAUAUUGUAUGAGAUAUCUUAUAAACGUUAUCUGUAAUUUUUAAAACUAUUUCUUGUACAGUACUUACCUACUAUACUUUAAACACACUGUAUCAAAUAUACAGUAUGAUUAACCCCUUAAUUGAAGUUUAAUUUUAAAGUAGUUGUUGCAUGUGAUUGUACAGUGUAAAACCAAAGAUGCCUAAAUGUUUUCAAUAGACUCUACAAACUAAUUAACAGUACGGUUAAUAAAUCCCCAUGACAUGCACAGGCAUUUAUGAGACAAAACAAAAUGUAACUAUGAAGUAAUAUAUUAUGAUUCACACACAAUACUAAUAAAGGCUGCAUAAAUCAGCUAUUUAAAAUAUAAAUUGAAACAGAGUUGUGUUACUUGUUUCUGUAAAAAAGUGACAAAUAAAAGGAGGACAUUAGGAUAUCUGGCUUUGCUAAGAGCUAAUUUCAGAAUAGCAUCCAUGUGUUAUUUGAAGGAAGCCAGGGUAUCAGCUUUGACUGCAUACUGUAGUUCAGGACUUCUCUAGAUUAAGCAAUCUGCAGUAAUCUUUAUUAGUGUCUAGGCAGUUUUGGAUUUCUGUUGCAGUUUUACUUAUCAAAGACUUGAGUAGUUAUUAACUGUAUAUUCAUAGUUAUGCAAAGAGUGUCUAAUGGUUUAUCCAUAAGUGCAAGUACAGACUACACAUUUUCAAUAAACAGACAUGGAAAAUUCCCUUUUAUUAUUCACAUAAAGUCCUUUUGCUUGGGGCUGUGUGAUUAAAAUGACACUUCCAUAAACAACUAUUUUUGUUUAUGAAUUCAGGGAUGUUUAAAAUAUUAAAGAGCGCUAUUGGUAUUCCUUUAUAUAAUUAGUUUGAAAUGUCAAUUGACUCAUCCCUGAAACUCUGAAGAGACCUGGAGCAAACACCUUCAAACACAGUCGUCCACCACUUUUGAGAUUGUAGUCCAGACCAAAAGCAACAGUAGAGCUUUGUUCUCCUAGUUCUGUGAAGGACAGGCAACAUCUCUUGACUAGCAUACACCCUUACAGGACCCCAAUAACCUUUAAGAGUAGCUGUUGCAUGUGAAGCAAGAGAUCAUAGCUCACUUGAGCCUUUUUCAAUACAUGGCCUAAUGGAAAGUAGCCUCUUGGGGCACCCAAAGAGUUUCCAAAUGACAUUUUCAGCAAGAAAGCUUUCAUUUAUGCAAUACUUUGCUGUGCGGACAAUGUUGUGAGUCUACUGUCAGAAUGAAAAUGAAGAGCAGAUUCUCGUCAGGGCUUAUUUAUAAUUCAAGAGCAUCAGGUACAGUUAGUGCUAGGAAAGGUAUUACUAGACAUUAUUGAAGACAAAGGCUUUUAAACAUGGUUCUGUCAGGACAGGGUUCAAUUACAUUUCCUGUUAGAUUUGAACUGAACCUGAAGUGGCUAAAUACAACAUUCCUGUCAGUACAAUACUGACUUAUCUGUUAGAAAAAUCAGAAUUCCUACCAUUAGAAAGCUGCAGACAGAUUACUUUGAAGGAAAGUGUGUUAUCUGCUUCUCUGACAUGGCUUGUCUGAAUGUCAGCAUUUUUCCAAAGUAAAUCUGAAACAGUAAUGCCCAUUGGUCAGAGCAGUCUGGGGAAUUGGUAAAGGACUUUUGUUUGCAGUGAUAUUUACAUAGGGUCUAAAAUUAGAAUUUAUAACCCAAAUAAUAGUUUGUAUUUUUUUACUGUUACUGUAUGCUGUACAUAACAGUUAAAUAAGAUUUUACUUCCCAAAUACUAAGCUCUAAGAUUUUAAUGAAUUUAUUUUAAUUAGAAAAGCUUUGUCACUUAUAUUUCUUAUUGUUAUUAGGUGAAGCCAAAUCAGUACAGUUUUAAUAGUUUUCUAGUAUUCCAAAUAUUUACAGUAUUUCUGUAUUGAGCUCAAAAGUUUACAAUUGAAAGUUCGUUUAUUAUUUUGAUUUUUCUGUAAGUAUUGUACAAUGUUCCAUUGGGACCUUAUUCAGAAUAUUAUUUACACCAUGAUACGAAAAAUGCUGCUCUUCUGUAACCAGUCUAGAGAAGAGCAUACAAUACAGUACAUUCCCGGACCCAUUUAAAAAUCCUACAGUGACUUCCUAAAACAACUGAAUCUUUUAAGUCUUGUAGAGAGAACAUUAUGAGGGGAUUUAAUUUAGGUGUUCAAAAACCUCAAAAGCAUUGACAAAGUCACCACAGCGGACUUCUUCAAAAUCAACAUUGAAUCAUAAACCACAGGAUACAAGUUUAAACUAAGGGGAAGUUCAUUCAAAACUGAGAACAGAAGGCGCUCUUUUACACAAAAGGUUGUGGUAGUCUGAAAUAAGUUAUCCAGCCAUGUUUUUGAACAUACCCCAGCUCCCAUCAAGAAACGGCUUGAUGAGUGUUUUACGGAUCAAUGAACUAGUAAAAAUCAAAUGAGCUAGUCUGGCCCAAACGAAUUCUUUUUUACAAUUAUUCUAUUGUUAUGAUGCAACAUGCUGAAUGUCAUUUAUAGGCCUUGUUGAACUACAGUUUACAUUUAUCUACUCUAAUGAAGCUGUUUCUGUAGUUCAAUAAAGUGUUAAAAAGACUUAAAAUGAUGCCAUUUUUGUUUUCUCUAAAAGUGUUUUUUGAGGUUUUGGUCCACAGGCCAUUUCAGAUUGAAUUCAAGUUAAUCGGGAUUUUAUGGGUCAAGAGCAGAAUCUGAGUCAUAGCUAGCCCACUCAUCUACUUACAUAGUAGCUGUACUGUAUAUGACGCAUGCGAUUUAUUAAACUCUACUGAACACUCACUGUCAGGUGCAGGAAUUUCAAAAAAAAAUCUCCACUUUAACUCAUUACAUUCCUAUCACAGACAUCCAGUCACACGAAAUUAAAGUUUUAGCCAAAAGAGUUGCAUUUCUGUAACUACUUUCUUCCAGUUUUGUAGUUGCAUCAUGAAUACGGCGGGUUGUAGAGAAGUGUAAGCUCAUGUAAGAAUAAAGUUUUAAAAAGCUUUUCCUUCAGUAUUGUGAAUAUAUUAUG